UGAGUGUAGUUUGUUUGAGUUAGUGUGUAUACUAAAGUGCUAUUUUUCUGUUUUCAUAUUUUAUAUUUUCAACGCUGUCAGAUUUUAAAACGUCGGAGAAGAUAUUUCAAUUAUAUAAGUACUAAUUCGAUAUUUUUAUUAGCGGCUGUAAGUCAUACAUGUGUCUCUAUUGACAUCACAUAUUUCGUGUUUGGACAUCAUACUCAAGGACAACCCGCUGCAUUUGGAGAUUUCGAUUCUGAUGAACUUACUGAUAUGUUUGUACUAAAAGAUCAAGGUCGAUCUAUUGAAAUUAUGUUUGGUUCCAGUGUUGAACCUUUUUUAAAGCCUGGUACACAAACAAAAUGCAAGUUUUAUAAACACCAAAUUACAUCGGUGGUGCCCGGAGACUUCAAUGGCGAUGCUUUUAUGGAUUUACUGGUUACUGUAAAAAAACCCAUAACAGUUACAUUAAGUAGGAUUUUAAAUUUACUUCCAGCAAAUAAACAGGAUAAUGAUUUGGAUGUACAUAUACUGUGGGGACGAUUAAAUGUGUUGACAUGUCCAAAUGAAAAUAAACCGCUUUUCACUAUCAUUGAUCAACCUUUGGUUAUUAACUAUGAUAAUAAUAUGAUAGUAGAUUUAUUUGGGGUCAAAAGAAUGUCAAAUGGUACAGCACAAAGAAUGUUUUGGCUAUUCGAUUCAACUGGAAACUUUACAGAAAUGGCAAUGGAAAACAAUAAAUCUGAAGAGAUAAGAAUUCCCCAAUCACACGGAUUUGUAGACAUAGGCGGAGAUGUUGCACCUGAUUUAUAUUUAACGACUACAAAAGGAUAUGAAGUGUGGCUUUCUGAUUCUGAAGUUAGUGCAUUUAUUUUUAACCAAACUAUCUCAUUUCCUGACAAUUUAAAGGUUAAAAAUGUUGGUCAGACAGCUUUCAUGGAUUUACAACUUAAAGGACGCAUGGAUCAUAUCGUGCCUGUUUGUUUUGAUACAAAAUGUAUCAGCAGCGCUAUUUAUUUUUAUGAUUCAACUCGUUGGUAUGAUUUGAACAUAAAUUUCUAUAAUGGUAACAGUGUUUGGGGAUUUGUACCACCAAUGCCUAAUGUACCAUACCUAGAAACAAUCACAGUGCGGCCUGGUGAUUUCAAUAUGGAUGGCUACCCCGAUUUAUUGUGCACAUUAUGUCUUGGUGGCAAUUCAAAAAAAACAAAAGUAAUUUUAAUGGAAAACGUUGCUUGUACGACAGAUUGUGAAGGGUUUGACAGAACUUUUGUUAUUCGAUGGGAUUUACUUCAGGCAAUGAAUGGUAACAAUAACAACAUUAUGGGAGCAUUUUAUGAUUUUUUUCAAAAUGGUAUACUGGACGUGUUGUUGUUUAGUGGGGAUAACGGAGAGUACAAUAUGUCAGCUUUUAAGAACAGUUUGGACUACGAUGCAAAUUUUUUGAAAGUAAUGGUUGUCAGUGGUUUGACAAAUAGCCAGUAUGAAAUGUUACCUAAUCGAUUAGGGAAAAAAUCUCGUACAUUUGGUGCUAACUUGCCUGGACCAAAAGUUAGUUAUGUGACUACCACACAAGAUGGGUAUCCACGUCAAGGUAUAGCUACACAGUUACCCCAGUCUGCAUAUUAUUCUCUUUACUUGCCAUACACGAUAUUUGGACUUGGGCGUACUCCUAACUUUGUCGAUGAACUUACUGUAUCGAUUUUAAAUGAAACUCGUUCUUGGACACAAAUUAUUCCAAAUUCCCAAAUGGUUGUAAUUCUAAAUUCAAUAAAUGAUUCAAGUAGAUGGAAUGCUAAACUAUUUCUGACGCCAAGCCGUUUAAUAUUUCGAAGUGCAGCUGCCCUUGCUGGAACAUGCCUACUUAUUUUAGUUACAAUUGGAGUGCUGCACUUUAAAGAAUUACAAGAAGAUCGUAUUGAAAAACGCAAGGAAGCGCAUAAAUUUAAUUUUGUUAUGUAGAUCAAGUUUUUAAAAUUUUUUUUAUGUUCUGUUACUCUGAUUAUUAUUAUAUUCAUAUUUAUUAUUAAUUAUUCAAUAAUAAAUAAAUACAACAUUUCAUUAUGUAUAUAAGUAGGUACCUAAUUAAAAUUUUAAUUUUGUUGAAAACUAUUAAUAAAUCUAUAUGUAGUAAUUUCCACCUAUUUUUAAUUCAAAAAAGCAGCUUAUUUAUUAUAAGUUUAAAAAAAAGGAUGGAUA